GCGAGACGCCCUCUUUGCUUUCGGCUGCUGCUUCGGGACAGGUGACUGAGGAGUCUUCUAGGCCCAAGCACACGUCGUCAAGGGAUCUACAUCUCCUGAUCCUGUUUAUACGCCUGCCUCCUGUCCCUGACCAGAGUGCCAUCAUGCCUCGGAGUCACAAGAGUAAGCUCCAGGCUCAUGAGAGACGCCGUCAGGCUCGAAGGGAAGCUCAGGGCUGUGAGGGUGCUCAGGCCAUAGCAGCAGUGCAAGGGGAGUCCGCUCCCUCCUCCACUCCUCAAUGUGAAGGUACUACCCAGAGGCUGCCUACUACUGGGUCAAGUGGCACUUCUCAGCGGGGUGGAAGAGCCAAAACCACCACCACUACUUCUGAAGCCCAUUCUGGCACUAGAUCUGAUGAAGAUGCCAGCAACCAAGAUGAGGCAAGGGUGAGCCCCUAUGAGGCCCCAUUCUACAAUCAACGCCCAGGCCCAGGUGAAGAUUCUCUAACCAGGAAGCCUGCCUUGCUGGAGCAGUUCCUACUGUUCAAGUAUAAAAUGAAACAACCCAUUUUGAAGGCAGACAUGCUGAAGAUCAUCGGCCUAAAAUAUGAAUUGCGUUUUCCUGAGAUCCUCAAGAAAGCUGCUGAGCGCAUUGAGAUUGUCUUUGGAGUCAACGUGCAGGAAAUCGAUUCAGCUAGACAACAGUAUGAUCUCAUCAGCAAACUCAGACUCCCCAACAAUGGGAGGGUGCGUGCUGGCAGGGGGUUACCCAAGACCGGUCUCCUGAUGAAUAUACUGGGAAUGAUCUUCAUAAAGGGCAACUGUGCUCCUGAGGAAGACAUCUGGAAAUUCCUGAGUAUGAUGCGAAUAUAUCCUGGGCGGAAGCACUUCAUCUAUGGAGAGCCCAGGAAGCUCAUCACCAAAGAUUUGGUGAGGCUGGAGUAUCUAGAGUACCGCCAGGUGGCCAACAGUGAUCCUCCACGCCAUGAGUUCCUGGGUGGUCCGAAAGCCCUAGUUGAAACCACCAAGACGACAGUCCUGCAAUUUUUGUCUAAAGUCAAUUAUGCCAUCCCUACUGCUUUCCCAGCCUAUUAUGAAUAGGUUCUGCAAGAAGAAGGAGCGAGAGCCCAAGCCAGAGGUGCAACCAGGGCUUGCGCUACUACCAAAGUCCUUGCCCCUUCCCGUGUGAUGACCAAGAGCAUCUCCCAACCACUGAUGAAAUCUGAGGUUUCUAAACCACCAGACAAGAAAAUACAACAUCAGAGUAAGAAUUAGAUUAUUAGCAAUGUGAAAGAGUCUCACAGUAAAAUA